AUGCCUAUUGAUCAGGAGAAGCUUGCUAAGCUGCAGAGCGCCCAGCGUGUUGGUGGCAAGGGUGCCCCACGCCGAAAGGUUGUGAAGAAGCCCAAGGGUGCUGUGGCCGGUGGUGAUGACCCCAAGCUGCAGGCCGCUAUGAAGAAGCUGGCUGUUCAGCCCCUCACUGGCAUUGAGGAGGUGAACAUGUUCAAGGCGGACGGAAACGUGCUGCAUAUUGAUGCCCCCAAAGUACAUGGCGAUGUUGGCUCGAACACCCUUGCUGUGUACGGCAAGGCACAGAACAAGGAGCUCACUGAGCUCCUUCCGGGUAUUCUCAGCCAGCUUGGCCCUGAGUCGCUUGCGAGCCUGCGUAAGCUGGCUGAAAGCUACCAGGCCAUCAGUGCCCAGCAGGCCGAGGCUCAGAAGGCUGCUGAAAACGAAGGUGUGCCGGAGGUGUCUGGUAACUUCGAUGAGGUCGAACAGGGCAAGGAUGCCCCUGCUGAGACGCAGGUCGACCAGCUUGACUAA